AUGGAUGUACUACGGCCACCUCUUAUCAACAUAAAUGGAAGAAUAUACCGUAGGAACAUAGUUAAAGAAGAACACUAUGAGGAAGAAGAAGAUUUCUCCUACAUGGAACCAUCAGAAAGUGAAGAUCUCGCUGAAGAAGAAAGCUGUCAGAGCCACUUCAUUGAACAGACAGACAAAGGAUACCGCUGUGCCAUUGACGUCCCAAGUGUUCUCUACAAGUACAUCAUUGGAAAAAAAGGAGAAACACGUAGACGCCUGGAGUAUGACACCAAAACAUCUGUCAGCAUCCCAAAACCAGGAAUGGAAGGACAGAUUGUUAUCACAGGUUCCAGCAAAGCCGGAGUCUCUUCUGCAGUCACCCGCAUUGAGGUCCUCGUGGAAAGUUUUCGGAGGAAGCAGCCUUUCACUCACUUUCUGUCAUUUCCUUUAAACAAUUCAAAAAUUCAAGAAGGAUUCCUCAAAUUUAAAGAGGAGGUCUUGCAGCAGUGUUCGCAGGAUCACGGAGUUGAGGAGAGCAUAUUUCAGAACCCUGCUAAACUUCACCUCACCGUUGGCACCCUGGCUCUGCUAAAUGAGAUGGAAGUGAGGAAAGCCUGUGAACACCUGCAAGAGUAUGAAAGUUUCACCAGGGACAUCACUGAGGGAAAGCCGCUGCAGUUGGAGGUGAAAGGCAUAGAGUACAUGAAUGACGACCCGGCCAUGGUGGAUGUCUUGUAUGCAAAAGUCAAUGUGAAAGACGGAUCUGACAGGCUGCAGGUAAUUGCAGACCGGCUGGUAGAGCACUUUGUCUCGGCCGGGCUGAUGGUCAGAGAAUGGGACAGAGUGAAGCUGCACGGAACUAAAUUUGGUUCUCAUUGUUUUGGGGAUUUUGAACUGAACACUGUCCAGCUGUCCCAGAGGUUUUCAACAGACUGUACUGGAUACUACACAUCUGCAGGGAGCAUCAGCUUCUCCUGA